CUUCUCUUCCCUCUUGUCUCUCCGUCUUGCCUCCCUUUUCUUGGAGACCCACAACCAUUAUCUACUUGUUCUGAUUUCUUCAACCAUCUAAUUUCUAUAAGCACAAGCCUUUUGUUCUUUUGAGGAAAAAAUUGUAGAGAGUGUGAAAAAGAGAUAUGGGUUGUAAUGGUAGGUCUUUUAAGGCCUUGUUUGGGGUACUACUUGCAUUGCUUGGAUUCAUUUGGUUCUUCUUAGUUGGAUUUACAGAAGCAACGGCAAUCCUAAUCCCGCGGCCGGCCGGAAGUUUCAAACAUAUAACGGAGAGAGGAGGGAAGAAGUCUGGUGUUCAUCAAGUGACAGAUCUCAACUACAUGAGUAAAAGAAAGGUUCCUAAUGGACCUGACCCCAUUCACAACAGGAGAGCUGGAAACUCUGGACGACCACCUGGUCAAGCUUAGGAAGGCUGCACCAGAGCCUAAGAAGAUUCACCAACUUUACUGUUGCGCCAAAACUUGCAGUUACAGGAGUCUCGUACAUUGAACGAUUGUGUAUGUAUUUAUAAAAACUGGGAGUUCAAAUAUUUUUAGUCUUUUACCAACUUUAAAGGAAUUCAACCUUGCAGUUAUUCUAACCUACAAAAUUUGUUUAGGAGUAUUGGAGAGUUAA